AUCCUCAGAUUCAUCAAUACCUCAUCUUUUAUUGUGCUCUCUUGGAAUGCAUCCUUUGCACAAUCAAUUGGAUUUUAGAUGGCUUCAAUCCUGCAUUGGACUAUUCUGCAUCAUACCUGAAGCUCCUGCAGUUUCUCCUCCUCUGUCAUUUUCAUUGGACAUUGGCAUCACGGAUUCUACAUAAGGAAUUUCUCAUUACUACUGUUAUCGUACCUUUGCUUAGCUGCUACCUCAUCUACUUCUCCAUCAUCACUAUCCUUGGCAUUGUUGAUGUUUCUGACAGCUGGACUGAGUGUCUUAGAUGUGAAGUACAAGUCUGAGAACAUGAGCUUCCUACAGCAUAAGAUCUAUCUCAGGGGCUGCACUAAGUUUCUUGUCCUGGCCUCCUACCCAAGCAUCCUGGAGGUCCCAGGAUCCCUGGGAUGCACAGGCAGAAGGCCUAAGAAUGCUGAAUUGAAUAUCAGGGACCCUUCCAUAUCAGACCUGAGGAUCCUGGGGACCCCCUAUGGCAAGAAACCUAGCACAACCCCUGUAUCUGUCUUCCUUAUCAUGCAAUCAAGUUUUGUCUUUGAACCAUAUUGGCUGAUGCUAUCUUCAGGAGACUUUGUGAUAGUGCAGUUGUUUAUGGUUGCUGGAAUCUACAUCACAAAGAAGAUCAAUUCCUUAUCUACUGAAGAAAUGAUGAAAAAGACUCAGAAAAGGGACCUUUGGGCUGUGAUCUUGGUCUUUGAGUUCUCUGCCUUCCUUCCUCUUACCUAUGAUGUUAUCCUCCAGAUUUUGGGAGACGAUGAGAUUGGUUGCAGUGGGGUCUUUGGGCACCAGCAAAAGGUCUACUCCAUCACAUUCUUCAUUUACAUGAUAUUCAAAUUCAUGCUGCCCAUCUGGACCAUGCUACUUGUUUUUCAUCCUACACCAUCUUCUCCUCAAGAUUCUCUAGCUGUUUUGGGCUUUGGUUCAGAAGCUUUGACAUCCAGCUUCAUCUUCAAUGCGGAUACAUCUGGAAGCCAGGCCUACAAGCGACUCCACUCACCAGUCCCCUAUGACACUCCCUAUGAUGAUCCAUAUACAUCAAGGAGCUUUUCAAUUGGUGGCAGUGUCUCUUCCACACCUCGCUCCUCUCAGAGGAUUGCUUCAGCUGCCAUUCCACAAGUUAUCGUCAAUGGCCCUGUUGGUGAUACAGAUCUUCCUCCCUCAGAGCAGGAAGUUGAUGCUUGA